AUGGUAGAGAAAGCCAGCACAGGUCGGCACGUGGCCUAUAUUCUUUCCACGGAUCCGGCGAAGAUACGUGAGCAUUUCAAAGGUAUUAUGAUACAAGAAGUCCUACAUCCAGCAGCUGUUGCAUUCCCGAAACUCGUAGUGGUACUGCUCUACUUACACAUCCUCACCAACAAGUAUGAGCGCAUGGUAGCUAAGGCACUGGUUUUUCUUGUCUUCGCCACUUGGAUCUCUUUCACGGUAGCUGUUAUGUUCCAAUGCAUGCCUUUCGCUUUCAACUGGGACAAAAGCGAUCCGAAUGGACGAUGCUUCAACGUUCAGGUCUUCGCAAACAGCUCAAGCGUACCUAAUAUUGUUACUGACCUAGCUGUUCUCAUACUGCCCCUGAGAACAGUGUGGUGUUUGAAGAUCAGUAUUGGGAGAAGAAUUGGGUUAUUACUCAUAUUUCUUACUGGUAGCGUCGGCAUAAUCGCCUCUAUAGUCCGCACAGUGGUGUUCGCCCAAACCCUUGCAGAAGCUGGACCUCUUACAGAUGUGACAUGGAACCAUGUCUCUCUCACGAACUGGACGAUGAUAGAACCUGGAAUGUACCUUCUUAGCGCUUGUGCUCUCUCUUUUAAACCACUCCUCCGCUCGUUUGCCAAAGCCCUACACCUCCAAGGUUUCAUUACGCACACAAAAUCUACUGUUGGUGGAACAAAGAGUCAUGUCAAGAAGACAUUCACAUCGACCCAGACGCAGUCUGAAGUUUUCGAGCUGGGACACAUGAGGAACGUUUCCGAGUUUGGCAAAUUCCACCGAUUAAGCGACGACAUAAAGAGUACCAGUACUGAAAGGAAUGCUGGAAGAAAGAUUGAAGUGACUGUAACGAAAACUAUUGAAUUGGAGUCGGAAAGGAGAGUCGACGAUGAGCGUUGGAGUCACCAUAGUUUUGCGAGCGACCAGUUUGGGAGGGCGGUGUGA